UCUUCUUCUUCUUCUUCCUAUAAACUUAGAACCAGAGAACGAAAAGAACAGCGGCCGGAGGGGCGCAAACUCCUUUUCUCUCUCUCUAUCUUCUUUCUAUCUCCUCUGUUUGCUAUAUGGACGCCGCCAUGGAUCAAACCGCAGCCGCUGGAGAUACUGCUCCGACAAAUUCACCACCGCCGGCUCCAACAUCGGCGGAACAAGAGGAGCAGGAAUCGACUACUGAAGAAGACAAGUUAUUCGUCAAAGCGCAGGAGCUCAUGGACAAGAUCACCGCUUCCUCUGAUAACCCUAAUCCUAAUGUUCUUCACGCCCUCGCCUCCAUGUUGGAAACGCAAGAAUCCAGGUAUAUGGAAAAGACAGGCCAUUCUUCUUUGAACAAUGCCAGAGCUUCUCACACUGUUGGAAAGUUGGGGAACUUAAUUCGGGAAAAUGACGAAUUCUUCGAGUUGAUUUCUCUUAAGUUUCUUUCAGAAACUAGAUAUCCGGUGUCUGUUCAGGCUGCUACUGCAAGGCUCCUUUUUAGCUGUUCACUCACUUGGAUGUAUCCACAUGCAUUUGAAGAUAAUGUUCUGGACAAAUUUAAAAGCUGGGUAAUGGAUGAUAUCUCUAGAUUUUCUGCUGAAGAUCACAACUCAAAGUACGAGACAGGUACAAAGAGGCCCUCACACUCUGAGAUAUUAAAGGCCUUCUCUACUGGUCUUUUGGCUGUGUGCUUGACAGGGGGUGGUCAUAUAGUGGAAGAUGCUUUAACGUCAGGCUUGUCAGCCAAAUUGAUGAGGUAUCUCCGCAUUAGGACUCUAGGUGAGAUAAGUACUAGCCAAAAAGACUCUAACGUUAUUGCGGAGAGCAAACCUUCUGCUUCUUGUACAAGAGGAAGAGAAGAAAACAAAACUAGAUUACGUCAAGCAUCUGAGAUAUCUAUCAGUGAUGCUCCUAGGAUUGUUGAAGAAGGGACUUUAAACGAUCAAGGUGCUGAAAGAGAUUCUGAAAGACGUCAUGCAGUCGUAGACAAACAUCAUCUUGAUACUGGAGAACCACCAGAUAACAUGGCUGAAGACCUCGACACAUGUGAUGAUCUGGAUGGAGAUGGUGAAAAUAGACGGCAUGGUCGAGAAUCACGUGAUGGGAGGAUAAGGAUUAUUGAUAAGAAUACUCAAUCCAGAUCUACACGUGAAGAAGAUAUUGAUGAAAGUUCUAGAGACGAGCUUUCAAGGCGCAGGACAAAUCGUUCCUCUACAAAAUCUAGAGGAAAGGCUAGAUCUGGUGAUGACGUUCUGGAAAAUGAACAAGCCUUGACCUCUCCAGCUUCUGGAAGUAGAUUUGGAAGUCAAAUGAAGAACACCAAAGACAGAAGCAUUAACAAAACCCUAGAUCUUAAAAGGCCUGCAGAUUCUAAAAUAGCAAUUGGAAGAUUCACUUCGGAUGGUUUUGUAAUAGAAAGAGAUGAAAAUGAUGAGUGCUUCCAAGGUUGUAAAUUUGGCUGUAGGGAUAUCACUGAUCUUGUGAGGAAAGCUGUCCGUUCUGCAGAAGCCGAAGCUAGAGCAGCCAAUGCACCUGCAGAAGCCACCAAAGCAGCUGGUGAUGCUGCAGCUGAAGUUGUAAAAAGUGCUGCUUUAGAGGAACUGGAAAAAAGUAAUGAUGAAGAGGCUGCCUAUAUGGCUGCUUCAAGAGUUGCAUCUACUGUUAUUGAUGCUGCUAGUGCUGUUGAAUUCUCUAGGAUCUCAAAGGGGGUUGUUGCUGAUACGACUAUUGGGAACAGCACUGAACCAGAAAAAGUAGAAGAAGAUGAAGAAUUUUUUAUUAUCGACUAUGACUCCCUUGCGAAACUUAGAGAAAAGUUCUGCAUACAGUGUCUGGUUGCACUAGGAGAGUAUGUAGAGGUUCUAGGCCCUGUACUGCAUGAAAAAGGGGUGGACGUGUGUCUCGCCUUACUACAACGGAGUUUGAAAUAUAAAGAGGCAUCAAAGAUUGCAGAUCUCUUACCUGAUGUGUUGAAGCUGAUCUGUAAUUUGGUUGCACAUAGAAAAUUUGCUGCUUUGUUUCUUGACCGCAAUGGGAUGCAAAAACUGCUCGGUGUACCAAGAGUUAUGCAGACUUUUGUUGGUCUGUCAUCUUGUUUAUUUACCAUCAGUUCUAUUCAGGGAAUAAUGGAACGCCUAUGUGCUCUUCCUACAGAUAUUGUUCAACUAGUCGUGGCACUAGUUCUUGAACUUCUACAUUGUCCCCAGGACCAGGCCAGAAAAAAUGCAGCCUUAACCUUUUCAAAUGCUUUUGUUUUUAGAGCAGUUUUGGAUGCAUUUGACAGCCAGGAAGGGUUACAAAAAUGUUUGAGUCUUUUACAAGAUGCUGCUUCUGUAAGAUCUGGUGUUACGGGUGCUUUAGGAUCUUCCUCGGGAUCGCUUCGCAAUGAGCGGUCUCCUGCAGAUGUGCUGACAUCCUCAGAGAAGCAAAUAGCUUAUCAUACUUGUGUUGCAUUGCGACAGUAUUUCAGGGCACAUCUUCUUCUCCUUGUGGAUUCAAUUCGUCCUUAUAAAGGCAGCCGGAGUGGGGCAAGGAACUUUCCAGGUGUUAGGGCAGGAUAUAAGCCACUUGAUCUAAGUAAUGAAGCUAUGGACGCUACAUUUCUUCAGAUACAGAAGGACAGGAAACUUGGUCCUGCAUUUGUGAGAGCUCGCUGGCCUGCAGUAGACAAGUUUUUGGCUUCUAAUGGGCAUGUAAUUUUGCUAGAGUUAUGUCAGGCUCCAACUGUGGAUCGUUAUUUGCAUGACUUGUUGCAAUAUGCAUUGGGUAUUCUGCACAUAGUUACACUUGUUCCAUAUAGCCGUAAACAAAUUGUGAGUGCCACUGUAAGCAAUGAUCGACUAGGCAUAGCUGUUAUUUUGGAUGCUGCCAAUGGCGCUGGUUUUAUGGAUCCGGAGAUAAUUCAACCCGCAUUGAAUGUCCUUGUGAAUCUUGUUUGCCCACCACCUUCUAUAAGUAAUAAACCACUUGUUGCUGCACAAGGUCAGCCUUUGUGUCGAGAUGGGCCUCCUAUGGAGUCUAGAAAUUCCGAAAGGAAUGUCCAGGAUAAAGCUAUUAACUUGCCUGGCCAGAAUGAGCCUAAGGACCAAAAUGGAGAGUCUAAUGUGCAAGAUCAAGGAGGCUCUGCAGUACGUGCCACUUCAGGUGCUGGUGGAACUUCACAAACACCUGUAGCUUCAGGAUUAGUUGGGGACCGUAGAAUAUCUUUGGGUGCUGGAUCUGGUUGUGCUGGUUUAGCUGCACAACUUGAACAAUGGUUCCGUCAAGCAAGAGAAGCUGUUCGCGCCAACAAUGGUAUAAAGGUUCUGCUUCAACUACUCCAGCCACGGAUAGUUACACCGUCUGCUGCUCUUGACUGCCUUCGUGCUCUUGCAUGUCGGGUCCUUCUUGGUUUGGCUAGAGAUGAUGCUAUUGCACACAUAUUAACAAAACUCCAGGUGGGUAAAAAACUGUCGGAACUGAUUCGAGAUUCAGGCAGUCAUGCAUCUGGAUCAGAACAGAGUAGAUGGCAAGCGGAACUUGCACAGGUGGCCAUUGAACUAAUUGCGGUUGUAACUAAUUCUGGACGGGCAAGUACAUUAGCAGCUACCGAUGCAGCUACAUCUACUCUGAGACGUAUUGAACGAGCUGCUAUAGCUGCGGCCACGCCAAUCACUUACCAUUCUGGAGAACUCCUACAACUUAUACAUGAACACUUACUGGCCUCUGGUAUGGCAACAGCUGCAGCUGCAUUACUCAAGGAGGCUCAGUUGACUCCUCUACCUCUUUCAGCAACAUCAUCGUCGUCGUCUGUCGUGCAUCAAUCACUUACUCAAGAUACACUUCCUAUCCAAAUUCACUGGCCAUCUGGUCGUACUCCAAGUGGUUUCUUGUCUAAUAAAUUGGAAACUCCAAUUCAGGACGAAGACUCCAGGAUGAAGUGUGAGCCCGAUACAUCUUCAAAGAAGAAAUCUAUUGUAUUCUCGCCCAGCCUCAGUUUUCCAUCAAGAAAUCACACUCCCUUGCAUGAUUCUAAUCUCGCAUUCACUCCUAAAUUUGGCAAGUCCUCGAAAAAGCCUCCUACUGCAUCCGGAGGUGAAAUCCCGUCAGCAUCAUCUACUAAGAAAACUACAAUGGAUACUGAAAUGCAUUUCAAAACGCCGAUCUUACUGCCAAUGAAGCGAAAGUUAACAGAGUUGAAAGAGAUUCAAGCACCGGUAGUGAACAAGCGGCCCAACAUCGGCGAACAAGGACUUAGAUCACCUGUCUUCUUAACUCCCAGUAGUUCACGUAAAACUGGUCUAGCUCCAGAUGGCGGCAUAUUCUCUACACCGACUUCUCAAGGACGAUUGUUGACACCGUAUAGCAAUAAUCUGGCAAAGAGUAUGGACGAGACCCCGCACUUAACAGAGACUCUUCAACCUAUACCUGCCGAAAGGUUAACUCUAGACUCUAUUGUUGUUCAGUAUCUGAAACACCAGCAUCGUCAGUGUCCAGCUCCAAUUACCACUCUACCCCCACUCUCACUCCUCCAUGCACAUGUCUGUCCCGAACCCAAACAAAACCUAGACGCUCCCGUAAACAUAACCGCACGGCUGAGCACUCGCGAUUUCCGAAGUAUGUACGGCGGGAUCCACGGGAAUCGCAAGGACCGUCAAUUCAUCUACAGUCGGUUCAGGCCAUGGAGAACUUGCCGCGAUGACGCCACUUCUCUUCUCACGUGCGUUUCCUUCCUCGGAGACUCGUCGCAAGUUGCUUGUGGCACGCAUAAUGGCGAGCUUAAGGUUUUUGAUUGCGAUAGCAACAACGUGCUGGAGAGUUGCAGUAGCCAUCAGUUUCCUUUGACGUUUGUUCAGUCGCAUCAGUCUGUGGAGACACAGCUGAUUUUGUCGUCGAGUGCUCAUGACGUCAGGUUGUGGGAUGCGGCGUCUGUUUCUGCCGGGCCUAGACACUGUUUCGACGGAUGCAAGGCUGCGAAAUUUAACAACUCUGCUUCUUCGUUUGCGGCGCUAUCGCCGGAACCUUCUAGAAGAGAGAUUCUAUUAUAUGAUGUUCAGACUUGUCAGUUGGAAUUGAAGCUAUCUGAUACAUCGGCCAUUUCUUCGGCCAGAGGCCAUGCAUAUUCUCAUGUCCAUUUUAGCCCUUCAGAUUCAAUGUUACUUUGGAAUGGAGUAUUAUGGGACCGAAGAGGUUCUGGCCCUGUCCACCGGUUUGAUCAGUUUACUGAUUACGGUGGUGGUGGCUUUCAUCCAUCUGGAAACGAGGUUAUUAUAAAUUCGGAGGUUUGGGAUCUGCGAAAGUUCAGGCUACUUCGAAGUGUUCCAUCCUUGGAUCAGACCAUGAUAACGUUUAAUGCAAGCGGCGAUGUGAUCUAUGCAAUUUUAAGGAGGAACUUUGAGGAAAUAACGUCGGCCUUCAAUACCCGUCGUGUGAAGCACCCUCUAUUUCAAGCUUUCCGCACUGUAGAUGCGGUCAAUUACUCCGACAUCGCAACUGUUACCGUGGACCGCUGUGUGCUUGAUUUCGCCACCGAACCGACGGAUUCCUUUGUUGGAUUGGUUACAAUGGAUGACCCAGACGGGAUGCAUUCUUCCGCUAGGGUUUAUGAAAUCGGCCGUCGCAGGUCGACCGACGACGACUCCGAUCCCGAUGAUGCCGAGACUGAAGAGGACGACGAUGAGGAUGAUGAUGGGGACGACGAGUCGCUUUUGGGGCCCGACAUUGACGGGGAUGGUGAUAGUAGCGAUGGGGAUGAUUUGAGCAAUGAUGACGACGACGAUGGUUUGAGCGAUCUCGAUGAUGACGACGAUGAUGAUGGGGAUUUCUUGAUUGAUGAUGUGGAUAUUGACGAGGAUGGCGGGUUGUUGGAAAUAAUAGGUGGGGGUGGUGACGAGGAUGAUGAUGAGGACGGUCAGGAUGACGAUGAUUCCAUUAGUAGCGGAGAUGAAGAUGAUUUUGUAGAUUCAGGAUUCGGGUUCUGAAGAGAAGAGGAGGAGAUCAUGUAAACCUAUACAAUCAUUAUCCAAUCAUGUAAGUAUAUUUUAGAUGGGAGUUUUAGAAAGGAGGAGAGUAAAAGAUUUAUUGUUCGCAUUUGAAGUUAUGCUAUCAAUUUGGGUUAUGAUUUCACCUUUUUUUUCACAUUAUUUCGUCCAACAAUGGAGCAUUUUUGAAGAGGUUUUCAAUUUUGAUUUUUUAAGCUAGUUAUAUGUGUUUGUUCGACUAAGAUUGUAACGUUUUAGUCUUCAUUUUGAAACAUUUGUGUA